AUGUCGUUCAACAGUACGCCCAUAGAAGAGAUACCUGUGAUAAGGGAUGCUUUGGUGAAAGGAUUCGCUUCAGGAAAGACAAAGAAUGUCCAGUAUCGCAAAGAUCAACUCAUCCACCUCAGUUAUCUUCUACAUGAGAAUCGCUCUCGUUUUGUAGAGUCCUUGGCCAUUGACCUCAAACGACCAGCACUCGAGACCGAUUUCUUGGAAAUCGAUGGUACCAUUGCCGAAGUCCGGGAAGCCUAUACGAAUGUCGAGAAAUGGAGCAAACCGGAAUCACCUGCCUUCAGCUUGAACUGGUUCUCUAUGAACCCUAAGAUUAGGAAAGAGCCAAAGGGAGUCGUUCUGAUCAUCGGGCCUUUCAACGUCCCUCUGUGGUGUCUUCUGGGCCCCCUUGCAGGGGCGAUCGCUGCUGGAAAUACUGUAGCGAUCAAACCAUCUGAGAUGACACCUAUGACCGCAGACGUAAUUGCAGAGCUUUUCCCCAAGUAUCUUGAUCCUGAAGUGGUGAGGGUUGUCAAGGGUGGUAUACCACAAACAAGCAAGCUUCUUGAAUAUCCUUGGGGACACAUUUGUUAUACCGGCAGCCAGCGUGUCGCAAAGAUUAUAGGCGUCGCAGCUGCCCAAACUUUGACACCGGUGACAUUUGAACUCGGCGGUAAAAGUCCAGUUAUCGUCGACACAUCGGCCGACCUGAAGUUGGCUGCUCGAAGAAUCUUGUGGGGGAAAUGUGCAAAUGCCGGUCAACUUUGCGUCGCACCGGACUAUGUCUUGGUUCUCCGUGAAGUUGAAGAGCAGUUCAUUAGAGAACUGCAACAAGUGUACACUGCGUUCUUUGGCUCCGAUCCAGCCAAAUCCGAUUCCAUUUCACGCAUCGUCUCUCCGCAGCAUACUUUGCGUAUCAAGAAUCUGGUGGAAAGCACCAAGGGCAAUAUUCUCAUUGGAGGACAGAUCGACGUUAAUGAGCGAUAUGUUGCGCCUACUAUUGUGACAGAUGUUCCUGGCGACGAUUCGCUUAUGACCGACGAGAUAUUCGGACCUGUAUUGCCCAUUAUUUCGGUUGAUUCUCUCAAUCAGGCGAUCGGGUUCAUCAACUCCAGAGAUCACCCACUUGUUCUCUAUAUCUUCUCGGAGGACAAGAAGGUCAAAGAGAAAGUCUUUUCGAGUACUAACAGUGGAGGCGCGGUUGCGAACGACGUUGUGAUCCUGCCUGCUGCUGCCGGUUUGCCAUUUGGCGGCAUCGGAGCCAGUGGAUUUGGAUAUACUACCGGAAAGUGGGGUUUCAACACCUUUACACACUUCAGAGGUACUCUCGACGUUCCCAGCUGGUUGGACAAGGUUGUUCUCGGCUCUCGUUUUCCACCAUAUACGGAUAAGAAAUUGGCUGAUCUAAAGAAGAAUCUUAAUGAUACACUCCCACUUCGUCCAGGUACCCGACCAGUCACUGCGUUAAAACGCAGAUGGGGCUGGUGGAUUCUGCUUGCGCUUCUGAGCGCCAUUGGUGCAUUGCGCAAGAAGAGAUUUGUCGCAGCCAACAUUUGCAGAGCAGCCGGACGAAAGUCCAUUGGGAGGGGAGGAUUAUCUCAGUCGUGCGAUGAAUAG